AUGGCAUCUCCUCAAGAACAAUCUUCACGAAACACUAGAUCAGCCGCUGAUUGUGCUAGCCCAAUGAACAUCAUCAAUGAAGUUGAAGUUGAGAAUGUGGUAGAAGAUGUUCCCGAUCUUGGAGACCAAGAACUGGACAGUGCAGAUGAGGUUGAGGAGUUGGGGGAGAACCCGGCUGAAAUGGCAGAACAAGCUGAUGCUCUGGAUGCGUUCAGAACGAAGAAGAGGGCAAAAAAAUCUAAGGCAUGGGAUGACUUCAAGGAAGUAGAUGUUGGUCUUGAUAAGUUUUGUGAGUGUAAGCAUUGCAAGACCAAGUUUAAGAAAACCAAUACAAGCACAACAACAAGUAUGUUGAGGCAUCUGAAGCAACUUAAUCUUCCUGGUAAGGUGCUACUAUAUGAUUGCAAGACAAGGUGGAAUUCCACUUUUGAGAUGCUAGCUUGUUCUCUCAAGUACCGAGAAGUUUUUCCUAGAUUCCAGGAUAGAGAAGAUAACUACAAGCAAUGUCCAACCAUUCACGAUUGGGACAAGGUAGAGAAGGUUCGGCAAUCAAUAUACGAGUUGUACGAUGAAUACGUCGAGCUGUAUAGUCCAAGUUCAAGUGGCCAAAUGAGUGCUCAAUCUCUUCCCAGCAAGAGCCUUAGUUCAUCAUCAGUUACAGACUUCUCAGGCAUGAGUGAAUUUCUCGAUCAUGUUUCAGCCACUGAGUGUAGUCAACCACAAAAGAAUGAGUUAGAUUCCUACUUUGAGGAUGACCUUCUCACUGCGGAGAAUUCGGGCGUGAAUAUUGUGAAUUUAGAUGCUCUUCAGUGGUGGAAAGACACAACAAAAUACAAGAUUUUGCCCAAGAUGGCUGCUGAUAUUUUGGCCAUUCCUGUCAGCACGUUCGCUUCAGAAGCUACAUUUAGUGCUGGAACCAGAGUGAUUGACGCCUAUCGUGCAUCAUUGUCACCGUCAACUGUUGAGAUGUUAAUGUGUGCUGGCGAUUGGUGUCGUAAGCCACACAACAUAAAAAAAAGAGAUAAGAAAGUGAAGGCAGCCGACGAGGUCAUGUUACCUAUUCCUUAA